UGCACAUGAACACUUGCUACACCAACGAGAAAGACGUUUGUUUAUUUCCAUAUUGUAACGUGUCCUGUGUUUGAAGUUUGCGUGUGGACGUUGGGCGAGUUCGCAGCGGGGGAUAUGGGAGGGGUUGAAAGCGUGUAGGGAACUGUUCGCGGAAUGUCACUGGAGACGAGACGCACCUGGGGGAUUUACAGGAACAGAGCUGGACUGUCUAUGACACACUGGAAUAUGCGUCCUUGAAUAUUUGGGAAAAUGUAUACCACCGAACGCAGGCGCAUGAGCCUGCACGAGGUCAAGAGAAAGGAUCCUGUUUGGGUAUCAGCUGGAAGUUUAUGGCAGGACCCUUUGGCUAUUGAUCUCAGCACCUCGAAUAAGCACAUUAUUUCACCCCGGAGCCGGACUAGGGCUGUUGCUGUUGUAUACAUUGUCGUUGAGGAUGCAUCCCUGCCACAGACAGAAGAGAACCUGUCACUGAAGUCGGUGAAAGAAGCCUGCGCGGACACGCACGCGGUGUUCAAAACAAUUCCUUUCGAGAGGAUAUCGCUUGGGACGACUGACAUUCUUGAUAUAUUCUACAAUGCAGAUGUGGCAGUGGUGGAAAUUAGUGACACUUGCUGCCAGCAGUCACUCUUCUAUCACCUGGGCGUAAGAGAGAGCUUCAGCAUGACCAAUAACAUCAUCCUGUAUUGUUACAAGCAGGACAGUGACCUGCAAGCACUCAAGGACCAGUGUGGGAGCUACACGUUCAUCCCGUAUGUAGUGUUGCCACAGGGCAAGGUGUUUGCCUGCGACGCGACCCUCGUAAACGGCAUCAAAGAUCUGAUGCAGCCAAGUUUCCAACUGGAACCCCUCCUUACCCCACUAGUAGAGAGGCUCAUCCAACUGCUGGACAAUGUGCACGUUCAUGCCAGUGAGUACUUCCGGGAGUCCAUCCGGCACGAGAUCCGCACGGCUCGGGAGCGCUUCAGUGGCCAGGACUUGAGUCUGGAGCUGGGUCGCAUCCAGAAGCGCCUUGACACGGUGGAGCUGCUCAGCCCAGACAUCAUCAUGAACCUACUGCUGUCGUACCGGGAUGUCCAGGACUACGAUGCCAUUAUCAAACUGGUAGAGAGCCUGAACAACUUGCCCACGUGCUUGGUGGCUUCCCAGCAGAAUAUCAAUUUUCACUACAUAUUUGCUUUAAACAGGAGGAAUCGUCCAGGUGACCGUGCCAAGGCCCUGGAGGUGAUUCUGCCCAUCGUGGAGUCAGGUGACCGGGUGGCGUCGGACGUGCACUGCCUCUGUGGCCGUAUCUACAAAGACAUGUUCAUGAGCUCAGGCUUUAAAGACCAUCGCAGUCGAGACCAGGCCUGCUACUGGUACGGCAAAGCCUUCGAGACAGAGCAAACCCUUCAUUCCGGCAUCAACAACGUUGUCCUCUUGAUGGCUGCCGGCCACGAAUUUGACACCUCCAUCGAGCUGCGCAAGAUAGGCGUGACCCUGAGCAGCCUGCUGGGGAGGAAGGGCAGCUUGGAGAAGAUGCAGGACUACUGGGACGUAGGCUUCUACCUGGGAGCCAGCAUCCUGGCCAACGAACACAGGAAGGUCAUCGAGGCUUCAGAGAAACUCUACCGGCUCAAUGCACCCAUGUGGUAUGUGGGCUCGAUCAUGGAGACGUUCAUCUUGUACCAUCAGUUCACCAAGCCCCCGGAGGUGAAACCGUCUAAACAGGAGACUGUGGACUUCUGGAUGGAGCUGUUGCUGCAAGCCUGCAAGCCCACUGUUUCCACUGACCGCUGCCCAGUUCUGAUCUUGGAGCAGACCAAAGUGCUCCAGCCCACUAUAGUGUGUGUGAGUGAGGAGGAUGACAGCUGCACGGUUCGGCUCAACCACAUCACACCCCUGAAGAAAGGCCAGAAAGCCCAGUGGACUUUCCCAGCCGCGCAAAUCCGGGGAGUGAGUGUUUCCAAGUUUGACGAGCGUAGCUGCUUCCUGUAUGUCCUGGAGAACUCGGAUGACUUCCAACUCUGCUUUCCCAGCGAGCUGCACUGUAAGGGGUUCUGUGAGAUGGUCAAUUCUCUUCUAACCCAGGCAGAAGCCCCAGUGGAGUACUCCAGCGAGCUCACUGGAGGAUUACUGGAGUUUAUCUAUGAGACCAGCGAAAACAGAGACAAGGUGGUUCUGGGUAAAGGAACAUAUGGCGUGGUGUAUGCUGGGAGGGACCUGAGCAACCAAGUCCGCAUCGCCAUCAAGGAGAUCCCAGAGAAAGACAGCACUUACUCCCAGCCUCUGCAUGAGGAGAUGGCUCUGCACAAGAGGCUGAAGCACAGGAACAUCGUUCAGUACCUGGGCUCUAUGAGUCAGGACGGCUUCAUCAAGAUCUUUAUGGAGGAGGUUCCUGGAGGAAGCUUGUCGUCUCUCCUGCGUUCCAAAUGGGGACCCCUGAAAGACAACGAGGCCACCGUCAUUUUCUACACCAGGCAGAUCCUGGAAGGGCUUAAGUAUCUCCAUGACAACCAGAUAGUCCACAGAGACAUCAAGGGUGACAACGUGUUGAUUAACACCUACAGUGGUGUUCUCAAGAUCUCUGACUUUGGCACCUCGAAACGACUGGCGGGAAUCAACCCCUGCACAGAGACCUUUACAGGGACCCUGCAGUACAUGGCUCCAGAGAUCAUCGACCAGGGCCCGCGGGGUUAUGGGAAGCCUGCAGACAUCUGGUCCUUGGGCUGUACCAUCAUAGAGAUGGCCACGGGGAAACCACCCUUCCACGAGCUGGGCAGCCCACAGGCAGCCAUGUUCAAGGUUGGUAUGUUCAAGAUCCACCCGGAGGUGCCGGAGUGUAUGUCAGGUGAGGCCAAAGUCUGCAUCAUGAGCUGCUUCACACCGGACCCAGACAACAGGGCCACGGCCUCUGAGCUGCUCAAGGACUCCUUCCUCAAGACCACCUCCCGGCGGAAGGCCAAGCCAGAGCCUGAGACACUGCCUACGGAUGCUGGUGACAACUACCAGCGCAGUAUGUCUGUCCCAGUAUCUAUACCUGUGACAGAUACAGACACGAUGGACCUGUCGUGCUCCUGGGACCUCCGGAGGACCAUCUCCCCCCUCAGAGGAAAGGACAUUAAAAAGAGCCCACCCAGCACCAGAGGCUUCCUGCCGGUGUCAGAGGAGCCCAGUGCUGUGGACACGACGGCGAGUCCAGCCACGUCAGGGGAGAACCUGGGCCUGUUCCUAUUGAGGAAGGACAGCGAGAGGAGGGCCACACUGCACAGGAUCCUCACUGAGUACAUCACCGACGUGGUGCACAACAUCCAGAACACACUACCUCAGCAAACAGACGUUGGGUCUGUGACCUCAGAGCACAUCUCUGAGCUGAUUGGCUGCCUGCGGGAGAACAUCCGCUCUCCAGACAGAAGGCACCUGACCAGCAGAUUGGUGAAGUUGCGCUCCACAUUGCUUGCUACCGCAGUACCCCUCAAAAACCUGCGAGCUGUGCUCUUCAGCUUCCAGGAUGCGGUGAAAAAGGUGUUGAGGCAGCAGCAGGUGAAACCUCACUGGAUGUUUGCUCUGGAUAACCUGCUGAGGCAGGCCGUGCAGGACGCCAUCACUGUACUAUUACCAGAGCUCAAGCUCCAGCUGCAGUCUUCCUUUGAGAAGGAGGAGAGUAGCCCAGAGGGAGGGCAGCGGCCCAGUGAGCUAGUAAAACUUUUGCCUGCAGUUUUCUCAGAUGACCAGGUGGCCGCGCCAGCCGACACCGAGACCAUAGAGGAGGUUUCAGAAAGCCCCUGCUUACCCAAUGGCCUCCAGUACAACACUAACUGUCCCCUCAGUCAGGAACUGACAGAUCUACGGCUAGAGACUCGCAGACUGCUGACUCAGCUGAGUGAGAAAGAGCGGGAAUACCAGGAGCUACUGAGGAACUCUGUCCAGAGGAGACAGGAUCAGAUCGACACUACCAGGAACACAUCAGAACCCACAGAUACAGAGUUGUCCCUGCAGAUAAGUUUGAACCCAGAAGUCAAGUCCUUGGUUUGCUGGCUGAAGGCUAUCCCAGUAGAUCAGGACACCAUAAACAAGUUACUCUCUCACGAGUUCACCUUGGACUGUCUCCUCACCAUGGCCUGCAGGGAUGACUUGAUGUACUGUGCCAUAAGAGGAGGGAUGCUGUGUCGUGUCUGGGCGGCCAUCACAACACAGAGGAAGUCACAGCUCAAAUCUCAGCUCAGCACACACUCUGAAGAGGACGAGGACACCAUUCUCUGAUGGGUCAUUACGUGUUCCACUAAUAGGCUGGUCCUAUAAACACAACAUGGUACAAAUUUACUGAGUCUGUGAAUUUGUCUCAUAGUUAAGAUGCAGGAAUUAGCGUGUGUGUCAGUGUGCGUGCGCAUGUACGGUUUUCUGAGAACAAGAUAAUCAUGUCAUAAAAAUUGGGACCUACCUUAGCAUUUUCAAAGAUGUUAUAUUGAAACUGAAAUGGUUACAGAAAGAUGGAUGAACAGUCAAGGAUAUGUUUUUCUGUCAUUUCUUAUUGUGAAUAACUGUACUUGUAAAACGGGUUCGGAGAAAUCUGCAAUCUGAUUGGCUGAAAUGGGGUUCUAAACCAUUGACAAUUCCCUGAUAUUCGGAGGAUUGAGGGGGGAUAUUUAGGGCCAACAGCUGUCAUAUUUUUACCUCAAUAGACACUCCGUGCCUCCAGGAUACUUCACAUUUAUUUGUUAUUUUGGUGUGUAGUAUAAAACAAAAUAUACCUCUUUAAUGUACACCAUUUCUGAGCUCUUCGCAGGGCCCAGGACUUGAAGAAAAGUUAUGUUAUUGAUGGUAAAUAUACACUUUUGUGAGAAUGUGUUCUGGUUAUUGGUCAUUUAAAUAAGUGGAAAUAGUGGUGUCUGUAAUAGGUGUAUACCACAUACUGGUGGUGUCUGUAAUAGGUGUAUACCACAUACUGGUGGUGUCUGUAAUAGGUGUAUACCACAUACUGGUGGUGUCUGUAAUAGGUGUAUACCACAUACUGGCGGUGUCUGUAAUAGGUGUAUACCACAUACUGGUGGUGUCUGUAAUAGGUGUAUACCACAUACUGGCGGUGUCUGUAAUAGGUGUAUACCACAUACUGGUGGUGUCUGUAAUAGGUGUAUACCACAUACUGGCGGUGUCUGUAAUAGGUGUAUACCACAUACUGGCGGUGUCUGUAAUAGGUGUAUACCACAUACUGGUGGUGUCUGUAAUAGGUGUAUACCACAUACUGGCGGUGUCUGUAAUAGGUGUAUACCACAUACUGGCGGUGUCUGUAAUAGGUGUAUACCACAUACUGGUGGUGUCUGUAAUAGGUGUAUACCACAUACUGGCGGUGUCUGUAAUAGGUGUAUACCACAUACUGGCGGUGUCUGUAAUAGGUGUAUACCACAUACUGGCGGUGUCUGUAAUAGGUGUAUACCACAUACUGGCGGUGUCUGUAAUAGGUGUAUACCACAUACUGGCGGUGUCUGUAAUAGGUGUAUACCACAUACUGGCGGUGUCUGUAAUAGGUGUAUACCACAUACUGGCGGUGUCUGUAAUAGGUGUAUACCACAUACUGGCGGUGUCUGUAAUAGGUGUAUACCACAUACUGGCGGUGUCUGUAAUAGGUGUAUACCACAUACUGGCGGUGUCUGUAAUAGGUGUAUACCACAUACUGGCGGUGUCUGUAAUAGGUGUAUACCACAUACUGGCGGUGUCUGUAAUAGGUGUAUACCACAUACUGGCGGUGUCUGUAAUAGGUGUAUACCACAUACUGGCGGUGUCUGUAAUAGGUGUAUACCACAUACUGGUGGUGUCUGUAAUAGGUGUAUACCACAUACUGGUGGUGUCUGUAAUAGGUGUAUACCACAUACUGGCGGUGUCUGUAAUAGGUGUAUACCACAUACUGGCGGUGUCUGUAAUAGGUGUAUACCACAUACUGGCGGUGUCUGUAAUAGGUGUAUACCACAUACUGGCGGUGUCUGUAAUAGGUGUAUACCACAUACUGGCGGUGUCUGUAAUAGGUGUAUACCACAUACUGGUGGUGUCUGUAAUAGGUGUAUACCACAUACUGGCGGUGUCUGUAAUAGGUGUAUACCACAUACUGGCGGUGUCUGUAAUAGGUGUAUACCACAUACUGGCGGUGUCUGUAAUAGGUGUAUACCACAUACUGGUGGUGUCUGUAAUAGGUGUAUACCACAUACUGGUGGUGUCUGUAAUAGGUGUAUACCACAUACUGGUGGUGUCUGUAAUAGGUGUAUACCACAUACUGGCGGUGUCUGUAAUAGGUGUAUACCACAUACUGGCGGUGUCUGUAAUAGGUGUAUAUGGGUCUUUCGAUAAAGAAAGGGGCCAAUGUUCAUGUUAAAAAUGUCAUAUGUUUAAAUAUGAUUUUUCUCUGUUUCACAUUUGUAGUUACAGGAAUAAAAGUCUUGGUAGUCAUAAUUACUAACGCCACCUAGCAACAACAAAACAUCUACAUGUCAUUCAAAAUGUCACAUGAAACAUGGACACUGCAUGUUUCUUUGUCAUGCCUAGUAGCCAGGUCUGUUUGUGCUUUAGUCAACUUCUCUAUAAUGUAUAGCCCUGCUUAAAAUUCCUGAUUUCGUGGUAUCCAAUUGUCUUAUCACUGCAACUCCCGUAUAGACUCGGAAGAGUAUAUAUAUAUGCUAAAUGGCAUAUAUAUAUAUAUAUAUAUAUAAGAGGCUAAGGUCGAGAGCCGUGCGUCCUCCGAAACAAAACCCAACCAAGCCGCACUGCUUCUUGACACAAUGCCCGCUUAACCCGGAAGCCAGCCGCACCAACGUUUCGGAGGAAACACCGUACACCUGGUGACCUUGUCAGCGUGCACUGCGCCCGGCCCUCCACAGGAGUCGCUAGUGUGCGAUGGGACAAGGACAUCCCUUCCGGCCAAACCCUCCUCUCACCCGGACGACACUGGGCCAAUUGUGCGCCGCCCCAUUGGUCUCCCGGUCGCGGCCGGCUGCAACAGAGCCUGGACUAGAACCUAGAAUCUCUAGCGACACAGCUAUUACUGCGAUGCAGUGCCUUAGACCACUGCACCACUCGGGAGGCCCAAAAGUCAUUUGAAAUGUUUUUUUAUUAUUUUUAUUUUAAAACGAAACAAUUGACCGUUUUCACAUUCCCGAUUGCUCCAUUUUAACUCUGGAAAACAAACGAUCAAAACGUACGCGGACUGUAUUCUUAUCUCAGGAAUCCUGACUUAAUGUUGUCCACGGAGUAGGCUAAUUAUCUUGACUGCCGUAACAACAUGGACACAGACAUGUUCUGUCACUCCUCGAGAUCAACAGUAAUUCCUGCACUUUGGCUGUUGUUCAAUCACAUGCGAUAUAACAGGAGCUCUUUAUCGCUUGACUGUCGUUCAACAAAACACAUCCUGAAUCGGAUGAUGUAGCGCGAUAAUGUCCCCCUCAUACUAAACAGCUAGACAUCAAAUGCGCAACAAACGACUAUUAUGCAUACAGUGGGAAGACAAAGUAUGUGAACCCUUUGGAAUGAUCUGGAUUUAGAUCUGAGCUUCAUCUAGGUCACAACAGACAAUCACAAGCUGCUUAAACUAAUAACACACAAAUUAUUAUACUUUUCUUCUCUAUAUUGAAAGCAUCAUUUAAACAUUCACAGUGUAGGUUGGGGAAAAAUAAUGACUUCUCCAAAAGCUAAUUGGAGUCAGGUGUCAGCUAACCUGGAGUAUAAUCAUUGAGACAAGAUUGGAGAUGUUGGUUAGAGUUCCCUGCCCUGUUAAAAAAACACUCACAAAAUUUGAGUUUGCUAUUCACAAGAAGCAUUGCCUGAUGUGAACCAUGCCUCAAACAAGAGAUCUCAGAAGACCCAAGAUUAAGAAUUGUUGACUUACUUUUGUAACCCUUUCCAGCUUUAUGUAUCUCUAAAAGCCAUGAUGUUCAUCAGUCCACGGUAAGACAAAUUGUCUAUAAAUGUAGAAAGUUCAGCACUGUUGCUACUCUCCGUAGGAGUGGCCGUCCUGCAAAGAUGACUGCAAGAGCACAGUGCAGAAUGCUCAAUGAGGUUAAGAAGAAUCCUAGUAUCAGCUAAAGACUUACAUAAAUCUCUGUUGAUGAGUCUACAAUAAGUAAGACCCUAAACAAGAAUGGUGUUCAUAGGAGGACACCACGGAAGAAGCCACUGCUGUCUAAAAAAAAUCAUUUCUGCACAUCUGAAGUUCGCAAAAGAGCAUCUGGAUGUUCCACAGUGCUACUGGCAAACUAUUCUGUGGACAGAUGAAACUAAAGUUGUGUUGUUUGAAAGGAACACACAACCCUAUGUGUGGAGAAAAAAAGGCACAACACACCAACAUCAAAACCUCAUCUCAACUGUAAAGUAUGGUGGAGGGAGCAUCAUGGUUUGGGGCUGCUUUGAUCCCUCAGAUCCUGGACAGCUUGCUAUCAUCGCCGGAAAAAUUAAUUCCCAAGUUUAUUAACACAUUUUGCAGGAGAAUGUAAGGCUAUCUGUCCGCCAAUUGAAGCUCAACAGAAGUUGGGUGAUGCAGCAGGACCCAAAACACAGAAGGAAAUCAACAACAGAAUGGCUUCAAAAUAAGAAAAUACACCUUCUGGAGUGGCCCAGUUAGAGUCCUGACCUCAGCCCGAUUGAGAUGCUGUGGCAUGACCUCGAGAGUAGUUCACACCAGACAUCCCCAAGAAUAUUGCUGAACUGAAACAGUUUUGUAAAGAGGAAUGUUCUAAAAUUCCCUCCUGACCAUGUGCAGGUCUGAUCCGCAACUACAGGGAAGCGUUUGGUUGAGGUUAUUGCUGCUGCGGAGGAGGAUCAACCAGUUACUAAAUCCAAGGGUUCACAUACUUUUCCCGCCCCGUACUGUGAAUGUUUGCGCGGUGUGUUCAAUAAAGACACGGGAACGUACAAUUGUGUUGUUAGUUUAAGCAGACUGUUUGUCUAUUGUUGUGACCUAGAUGAAGAUCAGAUCAAAUUGUAUGACCAAUUUAUGCAGAAGUCCAGGUCUUGCAAAGGGUUCACAUUUCUUUUUUGUGCCUCUGUAAUUAUGUUAAAGUUACUCUUUCUGUUAAAUGCAUUUGAUUUCGCAAUCGCAUGCAUUAUUUUCGACGUGUGUGUGUGUGUGUGUGUGUGUGUGUGUGUGUGUGUGUGUGUGUGCCCAUCAAAGCUGUUUUCACACUAACACAGGGAGGUACAACAUGUUACGAGGUUACAGUGCACUUCUGAGAUCCCCCCAUACAAAAAAAAGUGUCCGACAGCAAUGUCCAGGAGUUUUACAGACUCAAGUUCAAUGUGUAAUUAAUUUGUUAAACGCUUAGUAUAUCAUAUAACAACAAACAGUAUUAUAAAUGUAAGGAAAGAAAGCUUGUUUUAUCACAAUUUUUUUUUUUUAAUCUAUGAACAAUUCCAAAUAUGACAAAAGGUUUAAACAGGUUUUGAUUCUACUCAUGAAUUAUACUGAACAGUUCAUGUAAGGGAUUCUGUCCAUUUUAAAUCAAUGAAUUAGGCCCUAAUCUAUGGAUUUCACAUGACUGGGAAUACAGAUACCUUGUGUAUCUGUUGGUCACAGAUACUUUUUAAAAAAGGUAGGGGUGUGGAUCAGAAAACCAGUCAGUAUUUGGUGUGACCAUCAUUUGACUCAUGCAGCGAGACACAUCUCUUUUGCAUAGAGUUGAUCAGACUGUUGAUUGUGGCCUGUGGAAAGUUGUUCCACUCUUCAAUGGCUGUGUGAAGUUGCUAGAUAUUGGUGGGAACUGGGACAUGCUGUCGUAAACAUCAACCCCCGAGCAUCCCAAACUUGCUCAAUGGGUGAGUAUGCAGGCCAUAGAAGAACAAAGACAUUUUCAGCUUCCAGUAAUUGUGUAUCCUUAUCCACACGGGGCGGGGCAUUAUUAUGCUGAAACAUGGUGAUGGCGGCAGAUGAAUGGUACGACAUUGGGCCUCAGGAUCUCAUCACGGUAUCUCUGAGCAUUCAAAUUGCCAUCGAUAAAAUGUCAGUAGCUUAUGUCUGCCCGUACCAUAACCCCACUGCCAUCAUGUGGCACUCUGUUCACGAUGUUUACAUCAGCAAACCACUUGCCCACACGCUACACACGCUGUCUGCCAUCAAACCGGGAUUCAUCCGUGAAGAGUACACUUCUCCAGCGUGCCAAUUGCCAUCGAAGGUGAGCAUUUGCCAACUGAAGUCGGUUACGACACCAAACAGCAGUCAGGUCAAGACCCUGGUGAAGACGACGAGCAUGCAGAUGAGCUUCCCUGAGACGGUUUCUUCGGUUGUGCAAACCCACAGUCUUCGUCAUGGGGCCAACACUACAUGUGUUUUAUAUAUUUGUUCAGUAUAGAUUGAUAGGUAGCUCCCGUGAUGUGAUCACUUCCAUAUUCUAUGACGUGGCUCAUGUGUUACCAUGGUUCCAUCACAUAAUGCCAUGACAGUUAAUACUGUCGGUACCGUUGGCACCAGGCAGGAUGGGUCCAUGGACUCCGGACGACCCCAGGAGCCCGGAUGUUUCUGAGAUACUGGAACCGGCUCACCUGGCACCGGGGGUCAUACCAUGCUCAGUCUCUUAGGUCACUAGUUUUGCCCAUUUCUAACGUUCAAACGAACAGUAAGUGAAUGCCUCAAUGCCCGUCUGCCUGCUUUAUAUAGCAAGCCAUGGCCACGUUACUCACUGUCUGUAGGAGCAAACUAUUUUUGUGAACGGGGUGGUGUACCUAAUCAACUAUCCACUGAUUUUAAGUUCCCUGUUUUAUAUCUUAAUGUAUUCACGUGAAGAAAAAGCUGAGUAUUAUUCAUGACUGUGUAACAUCUCCAAACAGUCACUGAUACCCUAGUUUAUAGAAAGACCCAAAUGCUGUCAUAAGCUGAAAGAUCAAUAGAAGGAAAGAGGAUCACAUUUGUGUACAUGUGAGUGUACACACGCCCCUGCUCACUCAAUCUCAUACACACACACACACACAGUCUGGUGGAAGAGGUGAAUCAGUGGUGCCCACACUGUAAAAUUCCACACAUGCUUCCCCAUCUGUUAUUAUACUGUUGACAUCACCUUGGAGACAAGUGUUUGGGCCUUCCUGUUAUCCCAGGCCAUAUGGCUACCCACUGUGUGUGUGUGUGUGUUUCAUCCAUUUAGUUGUGUAAUUAUUCCCCAGUAUUCUCAAUGGUCCUAUAUGCAAUUGGUGAGAUGGGACAAUGAAGUCAAUUAUUUUCAUAACUGCAAUAAGUGAUGGAUAUAUUAGAGGGCUUAGUGAAGUGUAAGUCUACUCAAACACUGAGUCAUAAGGGAUAUUCAAAUCAUUUAGGGAUUGGGCUUGGUUCACUUUAAUGUAUGAAUAAUACCCACAAAGGCAUAUCAGUAUUGUCUGUUUUUUAUUUAGAUAAAUGUUUAUUUCCUCUCCUUUC